GCGAGUAUCAAAACUUCAGGUAGGUCAAGAUGCCUCGAGGUAAGAGACAUGACAAAAAGAAGGCCGUACUCUCUGGAGCCAUCAAUGCCUUUGAGCCCAUUGACGAUCUACUUGCAGACUUGAAGGGAGAAAGCCAAGCGUCUCCUGGUACUGCCAGCACAGGCCACAAGAAUCAAACUCGUGGUGGUGAGUCGGCCGUCAACAACCGGAAGACUACCUCCAAGACCUCUA